UCUACUCGCUGUGACUUAGCAUAAACCUCUUUUAAAUCCUUCUCUACCAAAAAAAACUUGCUAUUUCUCUUUUGUUUUUGUAGAAUCUCCGGUGAAGCCGAAUUCAAACCCUAACACUUUUGGUUCAUCAGUUCUUCUUGACGAUUCAGUGUUGUUGCGCGUCUUAUUUCUACAUUUUGCUUUCUCGAUUUGAGAAUGUGCUGAUUUUAGAUUAGAGAAGUAAGGGUUUUAUAGAUCGGGAAUAAAUGGAGGAAGGUGGAUAUGCGUUUGAGGUUAACAAUGGAAGACCAACGGCGAGUGAGUUUGGUACGACGGCGAGGAUUUCGUCACCGUCAUUGACUAUGUCAUCGUCUUUCCGUGAAGGAGGAGGAGGAGGUGGAAGUAAGGGUUUAACACGACGGAGGUCAAUGAAGCCGAGUUUUGACGCCGAUAAUGAGUUCAUUACUUUACUCCAUGGCUCAGAUCCGGUUAAAGUUGAGCUUAAUAGGCUUGAGAACGAUGUCAGAGAUAAAGAUCGGGAGUUGUCUGAAUCCCAAGCUGAGAUCAAAGCAUUGAGGUUGUCUGAACGGCAAAGAGAGAAGGCUGUUGAAGAGCUUACUGAAGAGUUGGGAAAGAUGUCGGAGAAGCUCAAACUAACUGAAAACCUUCUUGACAGUAAAAACCUUGAAAUCAAGAAAAUAAACGAAGAAAAAAGGGCUUCAAUGGCAGCUCAAUUUGCUGCAGAAGCCACUCUUCGAAGGGUUCAUGCUGCUCAAAAGGAUGACGAUAUGCCUCCUAUUGAAGCUAUUCUCGCUCCUUUAGAGGCUGAACUCAAGUUGGCGAGACAUGAAAUUGUUAAACUUCAAGAUGACAACAGAGCAUUGGACCGUCUAACCAAGUCGAAGGAAGCAGCUUUGCUUGAUGCUGAAAGAACUGUUCAGUCUGCUCUUGCAAAGGCUUCAAUGGUUGAUGACCUCCAGAAUAAAAACCAAGAGCUAAUGAAACAGAUAGAAAUUUGUCAGGAAGAGAACAGAAUUUUGGACAAGUUGCACAGACAAAAGGUUGCAGAAGUUGAAAAGUUUACCCAGACCGUACGGGAGCUUGAAGAAGCUGUUCUUGCUGGUGGUACAGCUGCAAAUGCAGUGAGAGAUUACCAGAGGAAAUUUCAAGAAAUGAAUGAAGAGAGGAGAAUCCUUGAUCGGGAACUGGCUCGUGCCAAAGUAAGUGCAAGCAGGGUUGCAACUGUAGUGGCAAAUGAGUGGAAAGAUGGUAGCGAUAAAGUGAUGCCUGUGAAGCAAUGGCUCGAAGAACGAAGAUUUCUGCAGGGAGAAAUGCAACAACUACGUGACAAACUUGCCAUAGCUGAUCGAGCUGCAAAAUCUGAAGCUCAGCUAAAGGAGAAAUUUCAACUGCGGCUUAGAGUCUUAGAAGAGAGUUUAAGAGGGCCUUCAAGCAGUGGAAACCGAUCGACACCUGAGGGAAGAAGUAUGAGCAACGGGCCUUCUCGAAGACAAUCCCUUGGCGGAGCUGAUAUUAUUCCGAAACUGACAUCAAAUGGAUUUUUCUCCAAGAGGUCACCAAGUUCUCAGUUUAGAUCUUUGAAUGCUAGUACAAGCACAAUAUUGAAGCAUGCGAAAGGAACAUCCAGAUCAUUUGACGGAGGCAGUAGAUCUUUAGAUAGGAGUAAAGUACUAACAAACGAACCCAGAUCGAAGUUUCCAUUGAACCAAUCUUCUGAAGGAACAAGCGGAGGCGGGUCACCUAAUUCAACAAAACAAGGAGAUUCAGAGAAAGCAGCAGGGACAAAUAAUGAUAGUGUCCCAGGAGUAUUACAUGAUUUGCUUCAAAAGGAGGUGAUAACUUUAAGGAAAGCUGCUAAUGAUAAAGAUCAAAGCCUUAGAGAUAAAGACGAAGCUAUUGAGAUGUUGGCCAAGAAGGUUGAAACACUAACAAAGGCGAUGGAAGUGGAAGCAAAGAAGAUGCGAAGAGAAGUAGCAGCAAUGGAGAAAGAGGUUUCAGCUAUGCGUGUGGAUAACAAAGGAUCAGAUAGUAGAACGAGACGUCACUCUACUAACUCAAAAGGAGCUUCAACAACUGCACAGUUACUUUCUGGAAGAGGCUCAGGACGAAUGGGGAUGACGAGGAGCACGCAGUGAUCAAAGAAGUCGAUUCCACGAGCAAAAUAUGAAUCUCAAUUCAGUGGUUAAUAGAUUGAAGGAAUGACAAAAAGCAUACAAAUAUAGAAAUCCAAUAUGGGAGGUUUGUGUGCUUCUUAACAUAGUAAGAUUUCAAAGUUAAAAACUGAUUUUUAAUUUCUUGGCUGAUGUUUAUUGUUUUCCUCAUAUAUAGAAAAGAGUUAGGUUUGUGUUUUAACUACUAACUUGAGCUUAGUGUGUGAUUUAUUGUAUCUCUCUCUAUCUUACCUUUGUCCAUUUUUCUCAUUUUGGGGUAUGUUAUAGAUUUAAGAAAUUAGUUCAGAAACAGAGGUGAGAGUUAUUAGUGAAAAAAUUGAAAUUGUCAUUAGUUUCAUUGAUCCAGACACAACAUUCACUAACAUUAGUUGAGUCUGGUCUCCUUGAAGGCUUGAAAAGAGAUGUCCCUUUGAAUAUAAUGAAUCUGUGAAGGAUCAAAAGGACCUCUCACUCUAUCAAUCUUUGUAAUGACUGCUCUCUCCGGCAACACACUCCUCGCCGGAUCCACCGCCGUUUCUCCGCUCAAGCACGACGACACUCCUUUAAAGAUUACAACUUCCACUUCUUCAUCGUCGACAAUGGCCGUCACUAUAAGCGCUUCUUCUCUACACGACUGGCUAUAUAUCUCCAACAUCGCCAUUUCCUCGUUGUAUCCAUACAUUUCAUCUUCAUCUUCACCACCUCCCUCGUCUCUCACCCUUCUCCGAGCACCGCACCAGAACAUCUUCAAAGCUCUUCUUCUCUCCGCCACUGGAGGGACGGUGAAAAGUUUUUUCCGGUAGUUAUACGAGUUUGUGAGCGAGGGUAUUUUAGUCAUUUGAUCUUUCUGUCCGAAAACGAAUAAUCCGGCUAUGCCACCGGAUAAAUUCGCCGGCGUGAUAAGCAUUCUGAUAUUGUAGUGCAUGAGGACCGUGACUUUGUCUAUAGAUAAGAUUUUAAAGGACUCGUGUAUGUUUACAAAUAAGGGUAGUACCAAUUGGAUUAAUUA